ACCAUUUUGGUGAUUAAGAAUUUCUUCUAAACCAAGUACCCUACCAUGCAAUUCUAAUCUAACUCUUUGCCAUACGAUAGGAAAACACCAGGUGGUUUUUUCCCCUUUUAGUCGUUCACUGUAUUGGUAGGCUACUCACUUGCAAAAUUCCAUCAUUGCUUGACUCAUAUUUUUUCUUCGUAUAACAAUAGCAAGGUGUAUUUACUCAUAUCCUUUUAAGGACCUCUCGAAUGACGAAGAUCGUGAAGCUAAGUUUCUUAUGAUUUAUUGCUCAUCAUCGACCUAUUUGGGUAAUUGCAAUGCUGCAAGAAUAAGCUGCGGAUAGCAUAUAAAAGUUAACAAUGGAAAGGCGGACAAUCAGUCAAUAUUAAACCAAGAACGUUCGCUAUACCUGAAAAGAAGAUUUGAUUGGUCAUGAUGAACCAAAGAAGAAAAUUAACCAUGAUAUUUUUAGUUUAUGCAUUUGGUCUGCCGUUUAGCACUGUACAAGGUAGUUGCAGCGAAUGUCCACCAUUGUCCAGUUGCAUCAAUGAUGUUUGUAAAUGUAGAAAAAACUUCGUUUGGAAAAAUCCUUUGAGGAAGUUGGAAUGCGUUUACAGAAGAAAACCAAAACCCCGCUCAUUUGGAGACGGGUUGUCACCUUCGAAAACAACCACACCACGAAUGAUAUCAAUGACGACUUCUGGAGAGAAAUCGUUUGCUAUGACAAAAGUCAACACUACACCCGGAAAUACAACAUUUAUCAGCGCCUCAACAAAAUCUCAUUCAACUACAAAUCAUAAUAAAUCCAAAACGUUUGGAUUUUGCAUUCCGCCUUCACCUAUGUGUAUAGGAAUAAUUUUACUUAUUCUAAUUGCCGUUGCGAUUUUGGUGGUUAUUGGUGUAAUAUGCUACUGUAAGAAAAAGAUGAAAUCCACUUUUCAAGCUUUGCCUUAAACAACUAUCAUCCGAGCAUAAUCGGCGUUCAGCCUCGACCUUCUGAAUUCCCGAUCCAUGCUCUCGUAUAGGUAGACAAAUCUGUACCAACUAUAUACAAACAAAAUUUUAGAAAAGACUAUGACAAUUGUGUACAGUAUUAACAAGGUCAAUUUUAAUUUGUGACCAUAUAUUCUUCCCGUAUUUUUUAUUAAAUAAUUUGUUAAAAUUUCUUUAUUCGAGUGUUUUUUAAUAAAAAUUUAAAAUGUUGUUUUUUAACUUUAAUGGUACAAUACUGAAUUUAAUAGGUGAGGUUUUAGAAGGUUGUGCUAUUCUACGCUAUAUGAGAAUUUUUGAUGCUCCUGAAGUAUGCGCACCAAGAUGUCGAAUAACCUGAACCCCAACCUGUACACAACCUGAGUUCAGGUUGUGCGUCAUCUUGGUGCGCAUACUUCAGGAGGUCCGAAUUUUUAUUCUUAUAUCAGCGACACAACGCUGCAAGACAUAUAAUACCAAAUAUCAUCGAUGCUAGCUAAGUAAGUAGGUUACUUUGUUCACAAAAUAUAUGCAAAUCCAAAUUUAAACUUAUCUGAUAAAUAUUUAUAUACCAUCAAGAUUCAAACGACCAAGAGCAUGUUUCAGUUAUUCUGAUGUCCACGCAUAAGUCUAGUAACGUGAGUAAAGUACUUUUAGACCGUAGGCAAAAAGUUUGAACUUGUAGUUUGCUGGAUGCUUCUCACCUUUUUAGUCUG